AUGGCAGACUCGGGUUCGGAUUCUCAUGGUGAUAAGCGCGCUGCGGGCUACGUGCACAGCACGUGGAAGAUGAAGAAGCCUCUACGAUCCUGCGUGCGCUGCCGCAAGAAUAAAAUAAAGUGUGACUCGGCCACGCGGCGGCCGAAGCCGUGCUCGUCGUGCUUAAAAAAGGGCGUGGGCUGCGAGCUGGAGUACGUGAUUCCCCCGCAGCGCUCGAAAGAGCUGCGCUCGCUCUAUGAAAACGUCGCGUACGUGCGCCUGAAGCUGAACGAGUUGAUGGAAUCAUGCGAUCAGCUGCUGGACUACUGCCAUGCGAGCGUGGACGCGUAA